GGUUGAAGCUGCCGCACAUGCGCAGUUGUCGCUGCCCGCCAGUGUGCGAAGAGGCUUCAGCAGUAGCGGCUGCAGCAGGAGCCGUGAGUCGGAGCAGAUCGGAGCGACCCCAGUAAAAUGCCGGUGACUGAGAAGGACCUGGCCCAGGACGCGCCAUGGAAGAAGAUCCAGCAGAAUACAUUCACCCGCUGGUGCAACGAGCAUCUCAAGUGCGUCAAUAAGCGCAUCGGAAACCUGCAGACCGACCUGAGCGACGGGCUGCGACUAAUCGCACUGCUGGAGGUGCUGAGCCAGAAAAGGAUGUACCGCAAGUACCACCCGAGACCCACCUUCAGCCAAAUGCAACUGGAGAACGUGUCUGUGGCUCUGGAGUUCCUGGAGAGGGAGAACAUCAAGCUGGUGUCUAUAGACAGCAAAGCCAUUGUGGACGGUAACCUGAAGCUGAUCCUCGGCCUGAUAUGGACCCUCAUUCUGCAUUAUUCCAUCUCCAUGCCCGUUUGGGAAGAUGAAGGCGACGAGGAAACCAAGAAACAGACACCAAAGCAGAGACUUCUGGGCUGGAUCCAGAACAAAAUCCCUCAGCUGCCAAUCACCAAUUUCAGCCAGAACUGGCAGGAUGGAAAGGCACUGGGAGCUCUGGUGGAUAGCUGUGCCCCAGGUUUAUGUCCUGAUUGGGAGUCUUGGGAUCCUAAGAAGCCAGUGGAGAAUGCCAGGGAGGCUAUGCAGCAAGCUGAUGAUUGGCUGGGAGUCCCUCAGGUGAUUACCCCAGAAGAAAUCAUCGAUCCGAAUGUUGAUGAACACUCUGUAAUGACCUACUUGUCACAGUUCCCUAAGGCCAAGUUAAAGCCUGGGGCACCCUUGAAGCCCAAACUGAACCCGAAGAAAGCCAGAGCUUAUGGAUUAGGUGUUGAACCAACAGGCAAUAUGGUGAAAAGAACAGCACCGUUUACUGUGGAGACCAUCAGUGCAGGGACUGGCGAGGUUCUGGUGUACAUAGAAGAUCCAGAGGGAAACAGGGAAGAGGCCAAGGUCACCGCAAACAAUGACAAGAACAAAACAUUUUCAGUGGAGUAUGUCCCUAAAGUUACAGGCGUUCAUAAGGUCACGGUUCUGUUUGCCGGGCAGCAUAUUUCCAAGAGUCCGUUUGAGGUCAAUGUUGAGAAGGCUCAGGGAGAUGCCAGUAAGGUCACCGCCAAAGGGCCAGGCUUGGAGCCUACAGGAAACACUGCCAAUAAGCCGACUUAUUUUGACAUUUAUACAGCAGGAGCCGGUGUAGGGGACAUUGGCAUUGAAGUGAUUGAUCCCCAGGGCAGGAACAACACCGUAGAACUGGCGCUGGAGGAUAAAGGCAAUUGUGUCUAUCGAUGUACCUACAAGCCCUUGAAAGCUGGACCUCACAAUAUCGCCCUCAACUUUGGAGGUGAAGCCACCCCAAAAAGCCCUUACCUGGUCAAUAUCGGUGAAGCCUGCAACCCCAAUGCCUGCCGAGCCAACGGACGUGGCCUGCAGCCCAAAGGCGUCAGAAUCCGAGAAACUGCUGAUUUUCGGGUCGACACGAAAACUGCAGGAAGUGGCGACCUUCAUGUUUCUGUCAAAGGGCCAAAGGGUUUGGAUGAGGUGCUGAAACAGUCGGAUUCCUUAGACGGACUCCAUUCGUUAGAGUAUUAUCCCACAACUCCCGGCAAGUAUGUGGUCGCCAUCACGUGGGGCGGUCAUCACAUCCCUAAGAGUCCAUUUGAGGUCCAAGUUGCCCCAGAAGCUGAGGACCAGAAGGUACGUGCUUGGGGCCCGGGACUGUAUAGCGGUAUGGCUGGAAAGGCUGCUGAUUUUGUGGUGGAGUCAGUUGGCACCGAGGCUGGCUGCUUAGGUUUUGCCAUAGAAGGUCCCUCUCAAGCCAAAAUCGAAUGUGAAGACCAAGGUGAUGGGUCAUGUGACGUCAGAUACUGGCCAAAGGAGCCGGGGGAAUACGCCAUUCAUAUAAUGUGUGAUGAUGAGGAUAUUAAACACAGUCCAUACAUGGCUCUGAUCCAGCCGGCUGCCUCAGACGUAUAUCCAGAUAAGGUGAAAGCUUAUGGCCCAGGACUGGAGACAACUGGCUGCAUUGUUAAUACUCCUGCGGAAUUCACUGUAGAUCCAAGAGAUGCAGGAAAUGCAGCGUUAAAGAUCUACUCGCAGGAUGUGGAAGGGAAUCCGGUGGAUAUUGAGACCAAAGAGAAACCCGAUGGUACUUACGCCUGCUCCUACACUCCUGCCAAACCAAUUAAACACACACUGGCUGUCACAUGGGGCGCGGUCAGUGUACCUAACAGUCCUUUUAGGGUCAAUAUAGGACAAGGCAGCCACCCACAUUUGGUAAAGGUUUUUGGCCCCGGUGUGGAAAAAACUGGUUUGAAAGCAAAUGAGCCAACUCACUUUACAGUCGACUGCACCGAAGCAGGAGAAGGUGAUGUGAGUGUCGGAAUUAAAUGCGAUGCUCGUGUGGUCAGCGAGGAGGAGGAAGAUAUUGACUUUGAUAUUAUUCCCAAUGCUAAUGACACAUUCACUGUGAAGUAUAUGCCACCGGCUGCAGGACGUUACACCAUUAAAGUGCUCUUUGCCGGAGAAGAAAUUUCUGAAAGUCCUUUUAGAACCAAAGUCGAUCCCUCACACGACGCCAGCAAAGUGAGGGCCGAGGGCCCAGGACUGAGUAAAUCUGGUGUUGAAAACGGGAAACCAUCACAUUUUACAGUCUAUACCAAAGGUGCAGGGAAGGGGCCGGUUGACGUAUCGUUUACUGGAGCAGCACCAGGGGAUGCAGUGAAAGACUUUGAGAUCAUAGACAACUACGAUUAUUCACACACUGUCCGAUACACUCCAAUACAGCAGGGCAACAUGAAAGUGUCUGUAAAUUACGGCGGUGACCCUAUUCCCAAGAGUCCGUUUACCGUAGGGGUGGCAGCGCCGCUGGACUUGAACAAGAUCCGAAUAAAUGGCCUGGAGAGUAGAGUGGAGGUUGGUAAAGACCAGCAAUUUAUUGUGGAUCCUAAUGGAGCUGGUGGACAAGAAAAACUGGAGGUGAAGAUCUCCAGCCCUAGCCGAAAAUCAGUCCCGUGUCUUAUAGAACCUGUUCCUGGUAAAGAGUGUAGCACUGUGAAAUAUAUUCCCAAAGAGGAGGGUCUGUACAAUGUGGAUGUGAGUUAUGAUGGGAAUCCAGUUCCUGGGAGUCCAUAUGUCGUGGAAGCCACUUUGCCUCCUGAUCCAUCAAAGGUUAAGGCUUAUGGACCAGGUCUUAAAGGGGGUCUUGUUGGAAAGCCUGCUGAGUUUACCAUUGAUACAAAAGGAGCUGGAACUGGUGGCUUGGGUUUAACUGUUGAAGGACCUUGUGAAGCAAAGAUUGAAUGUUCUGACAAUGGUGAUGGAACUUGUUCUGUCUCCUACCUCCCUACUACACCAGGAGAAUAUUUUGUUAAUAUCCUUUUUGAGGAAACCCACAUUCCGGGGUCACCUUUUCAAGCAAAUGUAGAAAUGCCCUUUGAUCCUUCCAAAGUAAUCGCCACGGGUCCAGGCCUUGAGCAUGGCAAAGUAGGAGAAGCAGGCUUGAUUCAUGUGGACUGUUCCCAGGCAGGACCAGGUGACCUGACAGUAGAGGCUGUCUCUGAUUCUGGGUCAAAGGCAGAGGUAAAUGCACAGGACAACAAAGAUGGGACAUAUACAGUCACCUACGUGCCACUUUUUGCUGGCAUGUAUACGCUGGCAUUGAAAUAUGGUGGAGAACAAGUGCCAAAGUUCCCUGCCCGAGUUAAAGUUGAUCCAGCAGUGGAUACCAGUGAAAUCAAAGUGUUUGGACCAGGAAUAGAAGAAAAAGGAGUUUUUAGAGAAGCUACAACUGACUUUACUGUGGAUGCCAAAUCACUAACCAAAGUUGGGGGCAAUCACGUCAAAACCAAAAUCACCAAUCCAUCUGGAGCAUCCACCGAUUAUCUUUUCAGAGACAAUGGAGAUGGAACUUACUACGUGGAGUACACUCCCUUUGAAAAAGGUGUUCAUACAGUUAAGGUGACCUAUGAUGACGAACCUGUCCCCAACAGCCCAUUCAAAGUGGGAGUGACAGAAGGGUGCUACCCUGCCCGUGUAAAAGCCCAAGGUGCUGGACUCUCAGAGGCUGUGACAAACAAGACAAACAUGUUCUCAGUCAUUACAAGAGGGGCUGGGAUUGGGGGUCUGGGAAUUACUGUUGAAGGACCCUCGGAAUCCAAAAUGUCUUGUAAAGACAACAAGGAUGGCAGCUGCAGCGUGGAAUACACACCAUAUGUCCCAGGGGACUAUGAUGUGAAUAUUACAUAUGAUGGAGAGCAUAUUUCAGGCAGUCCAUUCAGAGUGAAAGUGAAAGAUGCCGUGGAUCCCAGCAAUGUCAAGACAUCGGGGCCUGGGCUUGGCACAGCGGUACGAGCGAAAAUCCCUCAACAGUUUACUGUGGAUACCAGCAAAGCCGGAAUUGCUCCCCUGGCAGUGCAAGUGACAGGACCAAGAGCUGAGGCAGAUUUGCUAACAAGACGCAACCCUCUGCAAGCCCUCUCAGAUUUCUUUAAAGGUGAACUCAAGCGAAACGCCAGUGAGCCAGGUACGGUGGAACCGGUAGACAUAGUGGAUAAUGGAGAUGGGACUCACACAGUGAGUUAUACGCCCACGCUGGAGGGCCCCUACACCGUUGCUGUCCAGUAUGCAGAUGAAGAGAUCCCACGAAGUCCCUUUAAGGUAAAGGUCUUGCCAACAUACGAUGCCAGCAAGGUGACUGCCAGUGGUCCCGGGCUCUGCGCUCAAGGAGUUUCCGCCAGCCUACCAGUUAAUUUUGCUGUAGAUGCCAAGAAUGCAGGACUAGGACCUCUGUCUGUCCAAAUCACGGAUCAAGAAGGGAAGCCAAAGAAAGCGCAGAUUCAGGACAACAAUGAUGGCACCUAUUCUGUAUCUUACAUCCCGGACAGGACUGGACGCUACCACGUUGCUGUGAAAUAUGGAGGAGAUGACAUCCCUUAUUCCCCAUACAGAAUUCGUGCCAUGUCCAUAGGAGAUGCCAGCAAGUGUUCCGCAGCAGGUCCUGGCAUCCAGGCAGCAGUAAAAACAGGGGAGGAAGUUGGUUUUGUGGUCGAUGCCACAACCGCUGGUAAAGGGAAAGUCACGUGCAGCAUCCUCGGCCCAGAUGGGUUGGAGACUGAAGCAGAUGUGAUUGAGAACGUGGACGGCACUUAUGACAUUUACUACACUACAGCUAAAACUGGACCCUAUGUCAUCCGUGUUCGUUUUGGUGGAGCUGACAUCCCCAAUAGCCCCUUCACUGUAAUGGCUACAGAUGAAGUCCCCGUUCAGGUGCAGCAGCAGUCCCUUAGUGCAUGUCCUCCAGGCUACCAGUCCUUGGUAUCGGAGACGGAUUAUGCUCCAGUUGGCUCAAUGAAUGGUCUGGAUUUCCGGCCUUUCGAUUUGGUUAUUCCAUUUGCCGUAAGAACGGGGGAGAUAACAGGGGAAGUUCACAUGCCUUCCGGGAAGACGGCCCCCGCAGAUAUUGUGGACAAUAAAGAUGGCACAGUGUCUGUUCGAUAUGUUCCCACAGAAACUGGACUGCAUGAGUUAGCCAUUAAAUGUAAUGGAGCUCACAUUCCAGAAAGCCCACUGCAGUUCUUCGUGAAUUAUCCAAACACAGGAAGUGUCUCUGCAUAUGGACCAGGCCUAAUAUAUGGGGUCGCCAAUAAGCCAGCCACAUUCACCAUUAUAACUGAAGAUGCUGGAGAAGGAGGCCUGGAUCUGGCAAUAGAAGGGCCUUCCAAGGCAGAGAUCAGCUGCAUUGAUAACAAAGAUGGCACAUGCACUGUGACAUAUCUGCCCACCCUUCCAGGAGAUUAUAACAUCCUAGUGAAAUAUAAUGACACGCACAUCGCUGGAAGCCCAUUCAUUGCUAAAAUCACAGAUGAUAGCAGGCGGCGCUCACAAGUAAAACUCGGUUCCACAGCAGACUUUUUAUUGGAUAUCACUGAGACUGAUCUGAGCCUUCUGUCAGCUAGUAUAAAAGCCCCAUCCGGCCGUGAUGAGCCCUGUCUUCUGAAAAGGCUUCCAAACAACCAUAUUGGAAUCUCCUUCAUCCCACGCGAAGUUGGGGAGCACUUAGUCAGCAUUAAGAAAAAUGGCCGGCACAUACCCAACAGUCCUAUAUCCAUCAUGGUUUACCAGUCAGAAAUAGGGGAUGCUAGCAAGGUGAAAGCCUUUGGGCCAGGUUUGAUUGAAGGGCGAACGUAUGAGAUGUCAGAUUUUAUUGUGGACACCAGAGAGGCAGGCUAUGGAGGGCUCUCACUGGCAGUGGAAGGACCCAGUAAAGUAGACAUCCAAACAGAGGACCUAGAGGACGGCACAUGCCAGGUCUCCUAUUGUCCAACAGAACCAGGAGUUUACAUUGUAUCCAUCAAGUUUGCAGAUGAACACAUUCCAGGAAGCCCAUUCACAGCCAAAGUGAUUGGGGAGGGAAGAGUGAAGGAGAGCAUCACACGCAGGAGGAAAGCACCAUCUGUGGCCUCAGUGGGUGGACUUUGCGAGCUCAACCUGAAAAUACCAGAAAUUGACAGGCAAGAUUUGUCUGCAGAGGUUAUCAGCCCAUCAGGAAGGAAACAAGAAGCAGAGAUUGUUGACCUUGGACAGAACACAUCGUGUGUGCGUUUUGUACCACAAGAGACAGGGAUCCACACUGUGAGUGUAAGAUAUAGAGGGGAGCAUGUGCCAGGGAGCCCAUUCCAAUUCACAGUGGGACCCCUGGGAGAAGGUGGAGCUGAGAAAGUGAAGGCUGGAGGCCCUGGAUUGGAAAGAGGGGAGGCCGGAGUACCGGCUGAAUUCAGCAUAUGGACCCGGGAAGCUGGUGCCGGCGGCCUAUCCAUCGCUGUGGAAGGCCCAAGUAAAGCAGAACUUUCAUUUGAAGACCGGAAAGAUGGCUCCUCUGGAGUGUCCUAUGUAGUACAAGAGCCUGGUGACUACGAAGUGAUCAUCAAGUUCAAUGAUGAACAUAUUCCGCAGAGCCCGUUCCUUGUUCCCAUCGUUGCCACGUCGGACGAUGCCCGCCGGCUCACUGUCACCAGCCUUCAGGAAUCUGGAUUAAAAGUUAACCAACCAGCAUCCUUUGCCAUACGGCUUAAUGGUGCUAGGGGCAAGAUUGAUGCCAAGAUGCACAGUCCAUCAGGCGCAGUGGAGGAAUGUUAUGUGACUGAACUGGAACCAGAUAAGUACGCUGUACGCUUUAUGCCCCGGGAGAAUGGCAUCCAUAUGAUAGACGUCAAGUUUAACGGGAGCCACGUUCCUGGCAGUCCAUUUAAGGUCCGAGUAGGGGAGGCUGGACAGGAAGGAGAUCCAGGGCUAGUUACUGCCUAUGGAGACGGACUAGAGACUGGUACCACAGGUAAACUAUCAGAAUUUAUAAUCAAUACAAGUAAAGCAGGACCAGGCGCCCUGUCGGUGACAAUCGAGGGGCCAUCCAAGGUAACGAUGGAGUGCAAGGAAUGCCCGGAAGGAUACAAAGUUCUCUACACUCCAAUGGCUCCAGGGAUUUACAUGAUUGGAGUGAAAUAUGGCGGGCCCAACCACAUUGUCGGCAGUCCUUUCAAGGCCAAGGUCACAGGUCAGCGCCUUGUGGGUAUCGGUGGCACUAGUGAAACGUCCUCUAUCAUCGUUCAGUCCGUAACCCGAGCUUCCACGGAGACCACGUACAGCGCUUUGCCCAGAUUUGCAUCAGACGCCACCAAAGUGACAUCCAAAGGGGCCGGCCUAUCCAAGGCUUUCUUGGGACAGAAGAGCACUUUUACUGUAGACUGCAGCAAAGCAGGUUCCAACAUUCUGCUGGUGGGGGUCCAUGGCCCCACCCUGCCCUGCGAGGAGGUCUCUAUCAAACACAUGGGGAACAAACACUACACUGUCAAUUACCAUGUGAAGGAGAGAGGGGAUUAUUUGCUGGUGGUGAAAUGGGGUGAAGAGCACAUUCCCGGGAGCCCAUUCCACAUCACUGUCCCAUAAUUCUUGCACCCCUUUAAAAAAAAGGAUUAAAAAAUGCAUAAAAAUGAAUUGAUUAUAUGGAGCUAAGAAUGUCGGGGAGUGGAAAUCAUUCCGUAAAAUUUUAUAUUUGACUUUUUUUUUUUAUACUAGAGAAAUGACAAAUUUUAUGUGCAUUUUAGAAGAUCAGGCAAUAAUUUAAGUAUCCGCCCUUUCAUUUCCAUCCUUCACUGCUUAUGGGUUUAUUUAUGUGUUUAAUAUUAUUAACCCCUGUCGAGCCGAGGGCCCGUGACCACAGAACAGCGGCCAAUGGCGUUCCCAAUGUUUAAAUGAUAUUAAGUGAAUGAAUGAAAAUAAACUGGAAUUAUUCAUUAUCGCAUGAACCAUAACUACUGAUCCCUCCUUCUUUCUUAUCUCUUACCAUGAACCAAUAAAAUCUCUCACUGUGGGUUAACCCCAACUGCCCCCCCCGGGGACUGGUCACAUGUGCCUUUUGUGUACUGACAGUACCCUAAUUAUAAAGAGGGGUUACCUGCCGUGUAGUUUGCAUGCAAGUAAGUAUGAAAGGGUGCCUUAUUGCAUGUAAGAAUGGUAUUUCUGUUUAUAUAUUUAGCGGUGGGAGCUGCCAUACUACUACUAAGGCCCACACUCUUCCCGCCUGUGCUUAAUCUCUGCUUCCGAUUAGGAGACACUUUUCUCAGUUCCACAGCUUGUGCGACACUGUUCGGGUGUAUUUUGUAUAUUGAUCUCUGCUCCGUGUCUAUAUUUCAGAUGUGUGAAUUGGGGUUGAGGUUUUUACUGGAACCAGCACUUUCAUAGUAAAGUUUUACAAGGAACCAAUGUGCAUGGGAUAUGACUUCCAUACAUGACCUACAAGGAAAUAGAGGGCAAAGGCCUUGUGUUUGGGAACCUCUGCCAUCGAGACAUAGCCAACAUAAAGUAGACUGUAUAUGGACAUUUGGACAGUCAGAUAAGGUUUCCUCUAUAUUGCUAAAUCACUACCACAGACCCUGGAAUAUAUUCUGUUUAUAAGUUCACCUUCUAUACUGUAUGAGGGCAUUCCUUCCCAAUUGGUGCCUCCAUAGGCCUCUCCAUAGACCCCUAUAUAGCCUUAUCCAUAGGCCCCUCCAUGGCCUUCUCUAUAGGCCCUCAAUGCCCUUUCCUUAGGCGCCUCCAUGGCCUUCUCCAUCGCUUUUCCAUAGGUCCCUCCAUCACCUUUUCCAUUGGUCCCUCCAUCGAAUUCUCCAUAGGCCUUUCCAUGGCUUUCUCCAUUGGCCCCUCGAUGGCCUUUUCUAUAGGCCUCUCCACAGGUCCCUCCAUCACCUUUUCCGUAGGUCUCUCCAUUGCUUUCUCCAUAGGCCUUUCCAUGGCUUUCUCCAUUGGUCCCUCCAUGGCCUUUUCUAUAGGCCUCUCCACAGGUCCCUCCAUCACCUUUUCCAUAGGUCCCUCCAUGGCCUUCUCCAUAGGCCCCCUGCACGGCCUUCUCCAUAGGCCCCCUGCACGGCCUUCUCCAUAGGCCCCCUCCAUGGUCUCUCCAUAGGCCCCCUCCAUGGCCUUUUCCAUAGGCCCCCUCCAUGGCCUUUUCCAUAGGCCCCCUCCAUGGCCUGUUCCAUAGGGCCCCUCCAUGGUCUCUCCAUAACCUCCGUGGGCUUUUAUGGCUGUGUAGGUAUUCAAGAGGCCCGUGGAGCAGAUAGAAUACGUAUCUCCACCUCUCACUUCUAGAACUCAGAGGAAUACUAGACACUGGGGGCAGAUGGACCUUCUUUAACUCUUGUGUGAAGCUGUUGAUUGGUUGAGAAAAACAAUAUGGCAGCUCCAGAGAAGGUAUAUUCAGUGCUCAGAAUCCUCAUAACAAAUGGAAUUAAAGGCACCUUAUUAUCUGGUAUGAGCUGGGAUACGUUUUAUAUUCACCUUUGUAUGAUGACUUAUCUGAAUCAAUGACAUUUCUACUAAAAUACAACUCCCAGCAUCCUCUAACAACCAGGGGCUUCUCAUGUCUUCCUUAGGGGGUUGCUAAGCUGCACAAUAUAAUCACACAUUUUAUCUAUAAUCAAGCUGAACAUACUGCUCUAGUGACCCCUGAAUAUAAAGAUAUUAUAGAGACCGUAACCAUGUGGCAGGGCUUGGGGUUAAUGCCCCGCGGGGGGGUCACUUUCUCACCCGAUGAUAAAAUCUCAAUCUUAAUGACUAAAUUAUUUCCAAGUCCUUUGUAAAGAAUCACUUUCUAUUCACCCGGAGACGCUCCGCCCACUUACCCUCUAUGGUAUUUAGUACAUAACACUAUAUUUGGAAACAUUCGCUGAUGACUUUGUGAUGCUUCCUAUUGUGCUUUGUGCCUCACUGUGAAAUUCUACUUGUAACAAAUAAACUGGAAUAAAUGCUGCAGUCUGCAACACAA